CUUCCGGUUGCUUAGUAGCGUUGAAGGAACUGUCUUUGCUGCAUGUGUGCAUAUUUGUAACAAUCAACGCGCAGUGUUCAGUUUCAGGGCUUUGAGAUGGACAUACUGAAAGCUGAAAUUGCGAGGAAGAGGAAACUCCUCGAGGAGAAGAAGCUCGUUGACGAUUCAAAAAAAUGCUUCAGAAGGUCCGACCUCGCUCGCCAGGAACAAGAAGAUUACUUCCGAAGAUGUGGAUAUAAGGUUGAUGUGCAGCGAGAGCCUCCUGAGAGCCAGAUGGACAAAGAUGAAAAAGACGAGCCGUCCACUUCAGCUAAUCCCGUGUUGGACCUGGAGCUCACUGAGGAGAAGCUGCCGAUGACGCUGUCCAGGCAGGAAGUUAUUCGACGACUCAGAGAGCGAGGCGAACCCAUUCGACUGUUUGGAGAGUCGGAUUAUGACGCCUUCCAGAGACUCAGGAAAAUCGAGAUUCUGACACCCGAAGUCAACAAGGGGUUAAGGAACGACCUGAAAGCAGCCAUGGACAAGAUCGACCAGCAGUACCUGAAUGAGAUAGUUGGAGGAACCGAGCCGGGGGAGGCGGACACGCAGCACGACCUGAAAGUCCACGAAGAAAACACCACUAUAGAGGAACUCGAGGCUCUUGGAAAAACCCUGGGAACAGGAGAUGAUGACGGAGAUCAGGACGUCAUUGACAAGUUUUUGAGGUUCCUCCUUGGUGUUUGGGCCAAAGAUCUGAACAGCAGAGAAGACCACGUGAAGCGCAGCGUUCAGGGUAAACUGGCCAGCGCAACACACUCGCAGACUGAGUCGUACCUCAAGCCUCUGUUCAGGAAGCUCAGGAAGAAGAGUUUACCAGCUGACAUCAAAGAGUCGAUCACAGACAUCAUUAAAUUCAUGUUGGAGAGAGAAUAUGUAAAGGCGAAUGACGCAUAUCUGCAGAUGGCCAUCGGUAACGCUCCGUGGCCCAUCGGCGUGACCAUGGUGGGCAUCCACGCCCGUACCGGGCGAGAGAAGAUCUUCUCCAAACACGUGGCCCACGUUCUCAACGACGAGACUCAGAGAAAAUAUAUUCAGGGCCUGAAGAGGUUAAUGACUAUCUGCCAGAAACAUUUCACAACAGAUCCAUCAAAGUGUGUGGAGUACAAUGCUCUUUAGCCUCUUCCUUAAAGUUUUCUGAUGCCGCCAUGUCUGUUCCGUUCUGUCACGGUUUAACGUUGGAAACGCUGCAGGUAGAAUCUGCCUCCUGUCACGAUUCACCGAGGGCCUUCGAGUUUCAGUGCAUUUCUCAGGAAAGUGCUGUCUGAGAAAAUCCAUUAUUCAUACACCAGUGGAAUGAGAAAUGCUCGUGUGUAAAUAGCGGUGUAAUAAUAAUAGCCCGGAUUUAACCAGAGAACACUCUGAGGCCCUCGAGUCUGAGAAAACUGGUCCCCGUGGACGACUGGGAAAAAACUCUUGUUCCAUUAAUACUGACAAGUAACUCUGGGACUUCUGAGAACAUGAACGAUUCAAUGAGUCAAAAUGCAGGAAAUACUAAAAAGUGGGAAUUUUGAACUCCUCUUAUCUCCUGUUCUGGAUUGUAAAAAGAUAUUUGUUUUUUAAUUGUGUUACCUUCACAACUUUCAUGCUGUUAGCCUGCAGAUUAUCAUUUGAGAAAGAAGUGGACAUUUUAUAAACCGUAAACAAACACAAACUGAAUUUCGUGAUUAAAAACAACCCAUGUGUUACAUCGAUGUGAGAAAAUAAAGGCCACUUAAGGAAAAAGUAAGUGUUUCUCCUUUUGGAAAAGGGACAAAAAAAAAAGAUUUGUUUGUGUUGAGCUUUUCUCCCGUCUUCUGCAGCCGGACUGUAAAAUGGGUUUAUUUUUGGGCACCGGAGUUUUUUUUUUGUCACAAAUGGAUCUGCAGAGAAACUAUUUCUCCAAUAAAAAUCUCUCAUCA